ACCAUAUCCGAUGAAAAUAAUCACCCAUUCAACAAUUUCAGUGACUAAAACUUUCUAGCUAGCAUGGAGUCCAACCGCAAGCGCAGAGUAGGUUUCAUGAAGGGCAAGCUGAUGCCAUUCUAUCGAUCGCCCAAGCCGACCACUACUAAUGUUAAUCAGUACAGCAGCAAGGUUAUUAAGCCUAGUCAAUCAUCCAGUACUUAUAACGUUGUUCAUCAUCACCAUCAUCAUCAGGACUAUAUUAUUGCUCCGCCGAAGCAGAAGGUCUCAUUUGUAGUACCUGCUGCUGCUGAGAACAACCGCGCCGAUAAGUUAUUAAGCCAAUUGGAUAAGCUCUAUGGGAUUUCUGUGGAUGAGAGUGUAGAUGUCAGAACUGCUACUUAUAUCUCUUCUGUUCAAGAGCGUUUCAAGCUUGAACGAAGCAACUCAGAACGGGUGAAAUUUGAAGAUAAGAAAUAACGAUUAUUAUUAUUAUUAUAAAAAUACAGAUAGCCUGUCCUGCAGCAAGUGAUCAUGAUACUUUAUAGUAAUAAAUAUAGUAUCAUUUCUGAAGAGAGGUGUGUGUUACAUUUAUUGUUAAUUAAAAAUCUCUGUAGGAUUAGGGCUAGAUCUUAGAUUAAUGCAUACGUUUGCAUUGCUUAAUGAAGUACUCAUGAGAAUUUUAUCUUAACUAUUCAUUCUGUAUUUGAACUUUCUCACAAAAAUGAACUAUGCUUACCGAAA